AUGGCCGAGGACAUCAUCGCCGCCAACCUCUGGCAGCCCACGCUCCGCGACCUCGACGAUGUCGAUGAGAUGCACGCCCACAAUCAACGGGACGCGGCUCUGCCGCCGUACACGGCCCCGCCCUCGCCGACUUUCGAGGGUUCACCGACCAUACAGACGCCUGUCGUCCGGAGGAUCCCGACCCCGCCGCCUCUGGGGGGGUGGCGAUAUGGUUGGGACGAGGAGUCGGGUAGAUGGGUUGCGUGGUACCUCAUUGAUGCAUACUGGUACAACCAGUGUCCGGUGCCAGGCGUCCUCGGAAUCCCCCAGUUUCCUGGCAUUAACCUGGGACGUGGUCAUCGACGAGGACACUGA